AUGGAACAACGGGGUGGGGGGAAACUGGUGAACGGCGCAGGGGAAAGGGAUUUGCUAAAUAGCAUAUUUAAGCAAGUUCACGCGGAGCCUUCUUUACAAUUAGAUACAUCUGAUGAGCACACCAUUAUCAGUAAAUUAAGGAUCCACCUUGAGGAAAAGAGGUACAUAGUCGUGUUCGACGAUGUAUGGGAUUCAAAGCUGUGGGAAUAUGUUGAAAAUGCUUUACCCAAUAACAAAAGAUGCAGUGCAAUAAUGAUGACCACGCGAGAAGUAGACGUGGGUGGUGCUUGGAAUGAUCCAUCAAGUGGUCAUCAUCUCUAUAAGUUGGAACCUCUAAGUGCAAAAGCAUCAUGGGAUCUUUUUUGUCAUAAGACAUUUGGUAAUACAAAUUGUCCUCCUGAAUUGGAAAAAUUGUCAUGGGAAAUGGUGGGGAAAUGUGAAGGAUUACCACUUGCGCUUGUAGCGAUUGCAGGGCUUUUGUCCACCAAAGAGAAGAUUAUUUCCGAGUGGAUUAAGUUGUACAAUAGUUUUGGUUUUGAGAUGGGAAGUAAUCCUCACUUCUCCAAUACCACUAAAAUACUAUUAUUCAGCUAUUCUAAGUUACCAUAUUAUCUCAAGCCUUGUUUCCUGUACUUGGGCAUGUUUCCUGAAGAUUACAUCAUCAGCAGCAACAUGUUAGUUCGGUUGUGGAUUGCUGAGGGUUUUAUACAAAAUCAGCGAGGGAAAACGGUUGAAGAGGUAGCGAAAGAAUAUUUGGGUCAACUCAUUAAUAGGAGUUUGAUUCAAGUUCAUGAGAUAAAUAACCCAACUGAGCGACCACAAAUAAGAUUUCGAGUUCAUGAUAUUGUCCGUGAGAUAGUAAUUCUUCCAAAGUUAGAUUACUUAUGCAUUGCACUACAAGAAUCCGUGACAAUUGGGGAGCUCUGGAACCUGCAAACACUAGAUCUUAAGCAAUGUUUGGUAGCUGAGCUUCCUAGAGAAAUUGGUAAUUGUCAUAAGUUACGCCAUCUUAUUGCUUAUGUAGAGGAGCACGUACACUUACACUUACGUGAUGGGCUUGCCAUAUUUUGGCGUCAAAAGUUAAAGAAGAAAGGUGUAAAGAUACUAGAAAGGGUACUGAAUUUUCCAGAGCUGCAAAAAUUAGCACGUCUAGAUGUUGCAGAUAGACCUAGUUUAAUUGUUGAUUUACGACAUUUAAAUCAGCUGAGAAGGCUAGAAAUCACAAAUCUUCAGAAAGAAUAUGGGAGGGAGUUGUGCUCUGCAAUAGAGAAGAUGAGACAUCUUCAAUCAUUAAGUGUACAGUCAAAAUCCAACGUGGAUGCAGAUCAUGAAAUCCUUGAUUUAGAAUACAAAUUCUCACCUCCUGCUUUACUUGAACGUCUCUACUUGGGUGGACCAUUAAUACUUGAGAAGUUACCAAGGUGGAUAAAGUGGGUCCGCAACUUGACCAAAUUGUAUUUGGCAUAUUCAAGACUCCAGGAAGCAUAUAUUGGUGAGCAUCUUCAUUUCGCACAUGGUAAGCUUAAGGUUGUUAUACUCUAUGGGCUACCAUAUCUGAAGUAUUUGUAUAGCAAUAUGCCUCAUCUACAGACAAUAUUGAUUGAUGGUUGUCCAAACAAGUUUGAGGUGUCCAUACAUAAUCGCUAA